AACGGAGUCGUGCACAGGGAUUUAAAACUGGAAAACGUGCUACUGGAUGAAAACUGUAAUAUCAAGGUAAGAUCUUUCACCUCGUAGAGAUUUCCAUCUCUUAUCUUUCACACGCUGUAUUUCAACACCUUAGGGAUAGGAGCAGGACGGUCUCUUUUAAAGGUGCAAUCAGGGAUCUGCGAGUCUUAUUCCAGGGUCAUUUAACGUUGAUUGUCAUGCUCUUCCCUCCUCCAGAUUGCUGACUUUGGUCUGUCCAACCUUUACCACAAAGACAAGCUCCUUCAGACGUUCUGUGGCAGCCCUCUGUACGCCUCACCAGAGAUCGUCAACGGCAGGCCCUACCACGGUCCAGAGGUACACACACACACACACACACACACACACACACACACACACACACACACACACACACACACACACACACACACACACAGGGUAAGCCACGGAUAGACCACAUCCUAGGGAACAAGGGAAAUGCUUCUCUCCACUUCUGAUCUCUGUCAUUCUGAAACCCAGACAGUCUUAUUUUAGGCCUUGUGAUCUGCUGGACUGAAUCUGCUGUAUUCAUACUCUCUCUGAGGCUCAUGGAAGUAAGAUACAAAUCUAAACUACCGGAUUCUCACCAGUGGAAAAUCCCCAGACCAAAUUCCCUCUAAUGGUUGGAUAGGGGAAACACUGAAGGGAACCCCCAUCCCAAAACAUGCUCCUGCUGCCUGGGUCUUCUGCUCCUAUAAGUGUCUGUCCUUAAGUUGACAAGUGAAGGUAGUGAACACUGUUCCUGUCUUGGAGGAAGUUUACUCACUCACUCACACACACACACACACACACACACACAUACACACGCACAUCCUGUCAGGCCCAACACAGCCACUUCCCCAACAGCCAUCCCAGGUCAGACCAGUCAUCUGAAAGGAGUCUCAACAUUUUACCAAACAUAGACCCAGAAUGACUGUGACUUCAGGAUUUCACUGAGUCCCAUAAUUUAAUGACUGAUUAGGAGCACCCCCUCUCCCACCCUACAGUAAAUCUUACAUAAUGGCCCUUACACCCACUGACCCUGUGUCACCCCUCCCCUAGUCCCACCUCCAUUAGCUUCCUGAGAAAAGCCCUUCCUCGGUUUGACACAGUUGGUCAAAGAGGUGGCGACCGACAGAGUCCCAGCCAACAAUCACAGUUCUAGACGCACACACACACACACACAUUCUGAGGUUAUGGAGUCAGGGGAGUAGACUUCCCCAUAGACUAAUCGUUCAUUGUUUCCCAGCUAGCUGUCAUUUACAGAACACUGUGAUUCCUGGAGAUUAUCUCAGCUAAUCAGAGAAUACAGUCUGUGUCCCAAAUGGCACGCUAUUCUCUAUGAGCCCUGGUCACUACAUAGGGAAUAGGCUGUCGUUUGGGACGGAGCCUAAGGUUUAUACCUCAGAGCCAAAGGCAACCUCAUCAGAACAGAACCCAAUCACUUAAGUCACAGACCUUGGCAUGGCUUUUACGACCGCAACUCUUGACCCUGAUCUCUCUUUUGACGAACAUAUCAAGACUGUUUCAAGGACAGCUUUUUUCCAUCUACGUAACAUUGCAAAAAUCAGAAAUUUUCUGUCCAAAAAUGAUGCAGAAAAAUUAAUCCAUGCAUUUGUUACUUCUAGGUUAGACUACUGCAAUGCUCUACUUUCCGGCUACCCGGAUAAAGCACUAAAUAAACUUCAGUUAGUGCUAAAUACGGCUGCUAGAAUCCUGACUAGAACCAAGAAAUUUGAUCAUAUUACUCCAGUGCUAGCUUCCCUACACUGGCUUCCUGUUAAGGCAAGGGCUGAUUUCAAGGUUUUACUGUUAACCUAUAAAGCGUUACAUGGGCUUGCUCCUACCUAUCUUUCCGAGUUGGUCCUGCCGUACAUACCAAUACGUACGCUACGGUCACAAGACGCAGGCCUCCUAAUUGUCCCUAGAAUUUCUAAGCAAACAGCGGGAGGCAGGGCUUUCUCCUAUAGAUCUCCAUUUUUAUGGAACAGUCUGCCUACCCAUGUGAGAGACGCAGACUCGGUCUCAACCUUUAAGUCUUUACUGAAGACUUAUCUCUUCAGUAGGUCAUAUGAUUGAGUGUAGUCUGGCCCAGGAGUGUGAAGGUGAACGGAAAGGCUCUGGAGCAACGAACAGCCCUUGCUGUCUCUGCCAGGCCGGUUCCCCUCUCUCCACUGGGGUUCUCUGCCUCUAACCCUGUUACAGGGGCUGAGUCACUGGCUUGCUGGUGCUCUUUCAUGCCGUCCCUAGGAGGGGUGCGUCACUUGAGUGGGUUGAGUUACUGACGUGAUCUUCCUGUCUGGGUUGGCGCCCCCCCUUGGUUUGUGCUGUGGUGGAGACCUCUGUGGGCUAUACUCGGCCUUGUCUCAGGAUUGUAAGUUGGUGGUUGAGGAUAUCCCUCUAGUGGUGCGGGGGCUGUGCUUUGGCAGAGUGGGUGGGGUUAUAUCCUUCCUGUUUGGCCCUGUCCGGGGGUUUCUUCGGAUGGGGCCACAGUGUCUCCGGACCGCUCCUGUCUCAGCCUCCAGUAUUUAUGCUGCAGUAGUUUAUGUGUCGGGGGGCUGGGGUUAGUUGGUUAUACCUGGAGUACUUCUCCUGUCUUAUCCAGUGUCCUGUGUGAAUUUAAGUAUGCUCUCUCUAAUUCUCUCGUUCUCUCUUUCUCUCUGAGAACCUGAGCCCUAGGACCAUACGUCAGGACUACCGGGCAUGAUGACACCUUGCUGUCCCCAGUCCGCCUGGCCUUGCUGCUAUUCCAGUUUCAACUGUUCUGCCUGCGGUUACGAAACCCCUACCUGUCCCAGACCUGCUGUUUUCAACUCUUAAUGAUCGGCUAUGAAAAGCCAACUGAGAGACCUGAGCCCUAGGACCAUACGUCGGGACUACCGGCCGUGGUGACUCCUUGCUGUUCCCAGUCCGCCUGGCCUUGCUGCUAUUCCAGUUUCAACUGUUCUGCCUGCGGUUAUGGAACCCCUACCUGUCCCAGACCUGCUGUUUUCAACUCUUAAUGAUCGGCUAUGAAAAGCCAACUGAGAUUUAUUCCUGAUUAUUAUUUGACCAUGCUUGUCACUUAUGAACAUUUUUGAACAUCUUGGCAUGGUUCUGUUAUAAUCUCCACCCGGCACAGCCAGAAGAGGACUGGCCACCCCUCAUAGCCUGGUUCCUCUCUAGGUUUCUUCCUAGGUUUUGGCCUUUCUAGGGAGUUUUUCCUAGCCACCGUGCUUCUACACCUGCAUUACUAGCUGUUUGGGGUUUUAGGCUGGGUUUCUGUACAGCACUUCGAGAUAUUAGCUGAUGUAAGAAGGGCUAUAUAAAAUAAAAUUGAUUGAUUGCAAAGAACGGAGUGUUUGGAGAAGAAACAGAAUAUUUUAUUUGUCGUGUUAAAAUACAUUAAAGGGUUGUUAUCUUAGCCAGCAGAGGGGUGUGAAAACAGUGGGAAGUGUAAUCACAAACUAACAGUAGUAAAUCAGCAGCCUCGAGGUCUGUGUGCUACUGAGGCCACCAUACAAGAAAGCUUUGGAGAAAUGAUGUGUUGUCUACAUAUCACAAGGGUGUUGUAUUGUAACUGCCAGUGUGUUGUGAUUCGAGGUAAACAGGAUUGUAGCUACCAGUGUGUUGUGUUUCCAGGUAGACAGUAUUGUAACUGCCAGUGUGUUUUGUUUCCAGGUAGACAGUAUUGUAACUGCCAGUGUGUUGUGUUUCCAGGUAGACAGUAUUGUAACUGCCAGUGUGUUGUGUUUCCAGGUAGACAGUAUUGUAACUGUCAGUGUGUUGUGUUUCCAGGUAGACAGUAUUGUAACUGCCAGUGUGUUGUGUUUCCAGGUAGACAGUUGGGCCCUGGGAGUGCUUCUCUACACCCUGGUCUAUGGGACCAUGCCCUUCGAUGGGGAAGACCACAAUAAACUCAUCCGCCAGAUCACCAACGGAGAGUACAGGGAACCUACACAGUCCUCAGGUAUUAGUUUGACUGUAGCUGUCUCCGCUCUCUCUCUCUCUAUCUCUCUACCAAUGUCAUACUGUAUAUUGGCUUUUGUUUCAAGUCAAGAACUAAAACACCUGAUUCAAUAAUAGACUAAUCACCCAGAGUUUGAUUAGCGGAAUGAGGUGUUAUUACUCUAAUAAUCACCCAGAGUUUGAUUAGCGGAAUCAGGAGUUAUUACUCUAAUAAUCACCCAGAGUUUGAUUAGCGGAAUCAGGAGUUAUUACUCUAAUAAUCACCCAGAGUUUGAUUAUCUGAAUCAGGAGUUAUUACUCUAAUAAUCACCCAGAGCUUGAUUAUCUGAAUCAGGAGUUAUUACUCUAAUAAUCACCCAGAGUUUGAUUAGCGGAAUCAGGAGUUAUUACUCUAAUAAUCACCCAGAGUUUGAUUAUCUGAAUCAGGAGUUAUUACUCUAAUAAUCACCCAGAGUUUGAUUAUCUGAAUCAGGAGUUAUUACUCUAAUAAUCACCCAGAGUUUGAUUAUCUGAAUCAGGAGUUAUUACUCUAAUAAUCACCCAGAGUUUGAUUAUCUGAAUCAGGAGUUAUUACUCUAAGCCUGUACACUAUGUACUUCUCUGGAGCAGGAAUUGUUAAACAAGGCCAUAGAUUGCUGCUAAAGUCUCUGUCCUCCUCACCUUCCCUCUCGCCCAGAUGCUCGUGGUCUGAUCCGCUGGAUGUUGAUGGUUAACCCGGAGCGUCGAGCCACGGUGGAAGACAUCGCCAACCACUGGUGGGUCAACUGGGGCUGGAAAACCACUGUGUGUGACUGUGACGUCCAGAAGGACAACAGUGGCUGCGCCUCUUCUCCAACACUAGCACGCUUUAUCGACUGGCAGAACCGCACCACAGAGUCGCCCAGGGUGGCGCCGGUCAAGCCUCCCCGCUCGGAACCCCCCGCCGUAAACCCCCAUGCUGGCCGCCAGCGCCUGAGGAAGUCCAUGAAGGAGAAUGACAGCGGAGCGCUCCACCAUCGCACCACGGGGGAAGACAAAGACAAAGACAAACCAGGGCUGAAGAGGCCCAAGGGGAUCCUCAAGAUGCGUGUGUCCGAGCAGAGGUCCCACAGCCUGGGGGAGAUCGAGCUGAGUCGCUCCCUGCACUUCCACGAGGGAGGGGAGCUGCCCUCCAGCCCCGAGAGGGAUGAGGAGGAGGACGAUGAUCAGGAUCGCCUGGGGGUCUCGCCGGCCAAGAUGCUGCCCACCCUCCCCAAGAAGGGCAUCCUGAAGAACAACCAGCAGCGGGAGUCUGGCUACUACUCCUCCCCGGAGCACAGUGAGUCCUCUGAACUGCUAGGGGGCAGCACCUCCAUGGCCCCACCCGCUAGCUCACCAACAAAGAGGUCCAUGGGGAGAAAGGGCAUAUUGAAGCGCAACGGGAAGUACGGCAACUCCACUUCCUUCCACAGUGGCUUGUCCAAUAUGGGCUACCACGGGGAAACUCAGGGGGACUCAGGCCUCUCUCGCAGCCAGAGCAGACCCUCCAGUAUUGUCUGUGAGGAGAUGGGUCUCUCCAAUAUUCCUCCCUUCAUGGGGAUGGACUGGCCUUCCUCGUCCCCGCAGCCCAACGUCAGGGCCUGUAUGUCGGCUGAGGAUCUACUCCAGCUGGCAGGCUUCAGACGGGGCCUCCAGACGGCUGCAGGGGGGCUCCAUGGGGGGAAGGUGGGGACCCGAGGGACACCAGGGUCUCCUGGGGACGACGGCAGCUUCUCUCUGCUUGGGGACAUGGAUGAUAUGACCCAGGUCUACCAACACGCCCUGGACAUCAGCAGCAAACUGACCUAG